UUCGCUGCGACUUCAAGCCAAAUUACGAAACCAAUUAGAAGAAAGAUUAAAAACCAAUUAGAAGGAAUCUAAUACUUAAUCCACCUAUAAAAACCCAACAAGAUCUGCAAAAUUCUCUGACCACAGCACAAACUAUCAGAAGUUCAGAGAAGUUGGGAGAGGAAUCAAGUGAACGAAGAAGAUGGAACGAAGCUUUUCUUCCAACGAAACUCAUGUUGUUGAAACAGUUCAGAACACCACAGCCAUGGCUUCCCACGUCCGUCCAUAUCAUCUUCCCAAAACCUUCACACUAACUUUCCCUCCUUUCCUUCUCAGAAAGGUUGUAUCCGAGAUGAUAGCGACUUUCCUGCUGGUGUUCGUGACAUGUGGCGCGGCGGCGUUGAAUGAGAGCGGCGGCGCAAAGGUGUCGCAGUUGGGGGCGUCGAUCGCCGGCGGUUUGAUCGUGACGGUGAUGAUAUAUUCUGUGGGGCAUAUUUCCGGAGCUCAUAUGAAUCCGGCGGUCACGCUGGCCUUUGCGGCCUCGAAGCAUGGACAGUUUCCAUGGAUUCAGGUCCCCUUCUACUGGUCGGCCCAAAUAACCGGCGCGACUAUCUCUUCGUUCGCCCUCAAGGUAAUGCUGAAUCCUAUAACAAAUCUGGGGACAACGACGCCUUCUGGCACGGCGCUUCAAGCACUCAUCAUGGAGGUUGUAGUAACCUUUUGCAUGAUGUUUGUAGCUUCUGCAGUAGCCACAGAUACUAGAGCUGUAGGAGAGUUGGCAGGUUUAGCAGUUGGUUCUUCAGUUUGCAUCACCUCUAUUUUGGCUGGACCAAUAUCUGGAGGAUCGAUGAAUCCUGCAAGGACUCUCGGGCCAGCACUUGCCAGCAAGCGAUUUAACUCGCUCUGGGUCUACUUCUUGGGUCCGUUCAUCGGCACGUUGUUGGGUGCAUUGUCUUAUAACUUCAUAAGACUCGAUAAAUUUCAGAAAUCAGAGCCUCAAAAACUAUCAUCUUUCAAGCUUCGUCGAUGGGAAAAUGAUGAAGUUGCUAAGCUUAAUAAUUCAAGCAUUCCUAAUUAGGCUAAGGAGCCAUAUAGUCUUUUAAUGUAAGUUUGGCUGUUCUAAGAUUGAUGAAAAAUAUGUUUAUAUUUGUCUUACAACAUAAGAAAUUUGUUGAAAUGUGAACAAAUCUAUUGUCUGAAGUAACGAACAAGGCCUAUAGUUAACACUAGCAUAUCAGAUUGAGUUAACUAAGUUGUGAUUGAAAAAAUAUUAGGUUAGAACUCCGAAUGCAUUUGGAGUCUAAUAGCAGAGCACCACGUGUCAAGUGGACCCCAUAAAUUUUAGCACUGAUCGA